GGAAAAGUCCAUAACAACUGGCCGUGGAAACCGAGUGGCAUCAUCCGUGGCGGUCGCUAGUGGUUUCGUGGUAUUUUUUCAUCUGUUUUUGCUGCUGAAGUCGAUAGCUUUAUAGAUCAGUCGUAUGAGAUCGUACUUAGUUAGAGUUCGUAUAUUAAACACAUUUCGCCGUUAGUCAUGUUUAAAAAUACAUUUCAAAGUGGAUUUUUGUCAAUUUUGUACAGUAUUGGAAGUAAACCAUUACAAAUUUGGGACAAAAAGGUUCGAAAUGGCCACAUUAAGAGAAUCACAGACAAUGAUAUUCAGUCAUUGGUUUUAGAAAUUGAAGGAACAAAUGUCAGCACCACAUUUAUCACAUGUCCUGCAGAUUGUAACAAAACACUCGGAAUUAAGUUACCGUUUCUUGUUAUGAUUAUUAAGAAUCUGAAAAAAUAUUUCACAUUUGAGGUUCAGGUCUUAGAUGACAAAAAUGUACGACGGAGGUUCAGAGCUUCUAAUUACCAAAGUACAACACGAGUGAAGCCAUUCAUUUGCACAAUGCCUAUGAGACUAGAUGAUGGUUGGAAUCAGAUUCAAUUUAAUUUAUCUGAUUUCACACGGAGAGCAUAUGGAACAAACUACAUCGAAACACUACGAGUACAGAUUCAUGCAAACUGCAGGAUAAGAAGAGUAUAUUUUUCAGACAGAUUAUAUUCAGAAGAUGAAUUACCAGCAGAAUUUAAACUCUAUCUGCCUGUGCAAAACAAGGCAAAGGUCUGAAAGAUUCCUCAACUUGAUGAUUUUUUAUUAUUAUUCGUUAUUUUCAAACUAUUUUUUGCAUCUUCUAAAUAUACUGAAGAUAUUAUUGGAAACUAAUUUUUAUUAUUAUUGGUUUUGCUACACACCCAUCAUUUGGGAAUAUUAAAUUCAACAAGAAACAACAUGGUUACAGGUCAAAUCACAUUUUCUGUGUAUUGAAAUAUAAUAUUGAUGAUUUAUAUUUGAACAAUAAUCAGAAGUACGCUUUGUACGCUAUAAAUGUUUUAUGGACAAAAUGAAUCCAUAAGACAUCCCUGAGCAUUUCGGAUUAACUAUUAAUAAUGAUAUGUAUGCACGCCUGGGGCGGAUAUUCUGUGUAGCACAUUUAGUAUAUUACUAUACCUUACUGUAUGUAUAUCGUUGUCUGUAAAAUGCACAUGUUACUUUGUUGUAUGCCUGUUUCCUUGUUUUUCAUAAAAAAGUCGUUGGCUGCAUACAUGCACACGCAAGAAAUAAAUUCCAAUACAUGUA